UAUUGUGUAUGCGUGGUGCAAUUGUUGAAAGUCUACAACCUUAUAAUGAGAGCAUUGUUAAACAUUGCCAAAUAGUGAGCACUGAAGUGCGAGAAGAAGAAACACUACAUAACCUAUCACUGGAUCGUCGUGGAAUAUCACAAUUUACUGCUGGUUGGUAUGGUCUUAAAACGAAUUUCUUCAGCGGCCUCGAUUUAAGUAAUAACGACAUCUCGGAUAUAACCCCCGAGCUUCUGAAUGACAUGCCAGCAGACAUAACGCGCAUAGACUUGUCUAGCAACAAAAUUCUGCGUCUGCGAACGGGAGUGAUCGUGAAUAAUCAUGUGAACUUUUUGAACUUGGCAAACAACGCUAUGAGUGAAAUUGAAGACAGAGCCUUGGAGGGGACAAACCUGUCAUCUGUCGAUUUGAGUGAAAAUCGACUGAACAACACGAGAUUCGUUGCAACUUUGCCAACGACUCUGCAAUCAUUAAACCUUGGAGAAAACAACAUUGAUGCGAUUAUUCCCAACAUUUUUUCUCGGUUGGGUCAACUUGAAAAAAUCGAUUUCACCAUGAACAAUAUAACCGUGAUAAGAAAUGAUUCUCUCAGUGGGCUUAGUUCUGCAAAGGAGCUCAUAUUGGGAAACAAUAAGAUUGAAAAGAUUGAAAUAGGAGCUUUCCGGGACUUGAGAUCCCUUCGAUACUUGCAACUGGCGAACAACAAGCUCACCAGCCUCGAGAAAGGAGUGUUCAUCGGUCUUCAAGCUGUAGAACACAUCGAUCUCGGAUUCAAUUCCAUUGAAAUAAUAACGAAUGACUCGUUUUAUGGUUUGACAGAUUCAUUGCACACACUUACUUUGACUUCUAAUCGGAUUCGUGUACUUGAACAUGGGGCGUUCUCCCAACUCGCGCUACGCGAACUGUGGCUGAAUAACAAUGAACUAAGGAAGAUUGACAGUGGAAUCUUCCCCCUGAUGACUCUUAAAAAUCUCCAUCUGGGACACAAUGCCUUGGCACGAAUCAACGGUAGCGAAUUCGCCAAUCUUGAGUCUCUAGUAUUGCUAGAUUUGACAAACAACGGAAUCGUAGAGAUCAAGAAAGGUUUCGCUCAACAUCUUCCUAAAGUGGAGAAAUUGAUUCUCGAUGAAAAUCCAUUUAAAAUACUUGGGAACGGUGCCCUAUUCGGGUUAACUAAAGCAAUCAAUUCUACAGUACAUUUCCGAGGCAGUCAGCUCGAUAUCAUCCAAGGAGGUGUGUUCGACGAUUUGUAAAGCAUGCCCCAAUGGAAAAAAAUCGUGUAUUAUCGUUUUUGUGAUUAUCAACAUUUCUACGGUUAACAAUAAAAUCCAAUAUUUUG